AUGAAUGAAACAUUACCACAGAAGUUGACAUCGUUUCAGCUAUCUACGUUAACUCCAAUUUCAUUGCUAAAUACAUUCAACUAUUUAAAUCCAGCUCAAUCAGAUUAUAAUAAUUAUUUUGACGCGUCAUCUUUUGAAGAUGAUAUAAAGUCGUACAUCAAAAUACCGCAUGUCUUGUGGUCAUCUCAUAGCAAUUCCUUAAAUCCAAAGUUUGUUGAAUUUGUUGGUCAAUCAUUUUAUACAUUAUCUUCAAUUUUCAUCCUAUAUCAAACAUUUCAAUUAUUAUUUAAGAGAUCAAAAUACUCAAAAAUAUAUACCAAGACUCCAUUCAUACAAAUAUUGAAGUUGUUCCAUGUUGUACUACAAGUUGUUUUACUUGGAAGUCUAUCAUUUUUAAAUGAUAAUAAUUAUUUCAUUAAAUUAUCAGUUGGGUUAAUUUUUGCGUUCAUUUUACAUUUCAUUGAAUUUAGAAGAUCUGCCGUACCUUCUGCUUCAUUAUUGUUAUUUUGGUUAUUCAAUUGUAUGUUCUUAUUUGGAAUAUUCAUCCAAGACUCAGUUUCAAAACAUAAAAUUUUUGGUAUUAAUGGCCCUUCAUAUAUAAUUGAAAUAAUUACACUUGUUAAUUGUUUAUCAAUUUUUAUCUUAGAAGUCGCUUAUUAUAAAGCUGGUUUUGAAACUCAUAAUGAGCCAUAUAUGAAUACUAUUAAUUUAUUUUCGUACUUUACAUUUUAUUAUUUGCAACCAUUAAUUGAUCAAAUUUAUGCUACUGGAGAUGUCAAAUUAGAUGAUUUACCUUCAGUUUUAGGAGAAUUGAAUUGUGACGAUACAAAAGCCAGAGUUACUAAAGAAUGGGAAAUUGAAGUCGAAAAAAGUAAGAAAACUACCAGCUUGCAAAAGUUCUGGAGAACUAUUACUCGAAACAAAAGUAAAGAAGAAAACUCUCCAAAUUUAUUUUUAACUGUAUUCAAAGCGUUUUUAGACUACUUUUAUUUUAAUUUAUUACUCAAAAUUUUUGAAACAAUCUGUAUGUUUUCACAACCCUUUGUAUUAAGAAAAUUUAUUCAAUUCUUUUCAGUUUAUUUUUACAGUGAAGAGAAACCACCAAUUAUAAUUGGUUAUGGAUGGGCAGGAUUAAUGUUUUUAGUCUCAGUUGCUAAUUUCAUUACUUUUAAUCAAUCAUUUUCAAUUCAAUUUAAUUUAGGUUUAGGUAUUCAAACUGCUUUAACUACCAUGAUUUAUGAAAAGGCAUUAAAAUUAGCUCCACAAUCAAGAAAAAAUAAACCAACAGGUGAUAUAAUUAAUCAUAUUACAAUGGAUAUUGAUGUUAUUUUCUGGUUUUGUUGGCAAUUGGGUGAAUUUUUAGCUGCUCCAUUAAGAUUAUUCAUUUGUUUAUUUUCAUUAUAUAAGUUAUUUGCAAAUGCUACAUGGGCUGGUGUUAUAACUGCCUUAGUGGUAGCUCCAUUUGCCACAAAAGUUAAUGCCUCAAUUACAAAUAAUUAUAUUCAGUUAAUGAAAGAUAAAGAUGACAGAACUAGUUUAAUUACUGAAAUUUUGAAUUCAAUCAAAUCUAUUAAAUUUUACUCAUGGGAGAAACCAAUGUUGAAAAAGUUGAACCAUAUUAGAAAUGAUAGAGAAUUAAACAAUAUUCAAAAAAUUGGUGUUGUUUCUGCUUUAGCUCAAUUUUUAUGGUCUUGUAUUCCAUUCUUCAUUAGUUGUGCUACUUAUGCUGCUUAUUCCUAUUUUUAUAAUGUUCCUUUGACUCCAGAUGUUGUAUUUCCAGCAUUGGCAUUAUUUGAUUUAUUAUCUGAACCAAUGUUACUAAUUCCUCAACUAAUUAUUGAUAUAAUUGAAGUCAGAACGUCAUUACAAAGAAUUUCAGAAUUCUUUUGUCUAGAUGAAUUAGAUGAUGAUCAACAAGGAGUCAUCAAAAGAGAAACAGCAACUAAUAAUCCAAAUUCAGUAAUUAUCAAAAAUUCAUCCUUCAUUUGGAAUAGUAAAGUAGAUGAGAAAAAAGUAGAAUAUAAAGAUGAAGAAAGUGAAGUUCAAGAAGAUAAUUCAACAAGUAACAUUGCAUUAAAUGAUAUCAAUUUCACUGCCAAGAAGGGCAAAUUAACUUGUAUUGUAGGUAAAGUUGGUAGUGGUAAAUCAACCUUAAUCAAAGCAAUUUUAGGUGAUGUUCCAAUCAAAAUUCCUAAAUUUUCAGAUAAUUCAACUAUUGUUUAUCCUAGUGUUGAAACUUUUGGUACUAUUGCUUAUUGUCCUCAAAAUCCAUGGAUUUUAAAUGGUACAGUUAAAGAAAAUAUCUUGUUUGGUCAUAAAUUGGAUCAAGAUUUUUAUCAGAAAACAAUUAAUGCUUGUGAGUUAUUAGCUGAUUUUAAAAGUAUGCCUGAUGGCGAUAAAACAGUUGUCGGUGAAAAGGGUAUUUCAUUAAGUGGUGGUCAGAAGGCUAGAAUUUCAUUAGCUAGAGCUGUUUAUUCAAGAGCUGAUAUUUAUUUAUUAGACGAUGUUUUAUCUGCUGUUGAUUCUCAUGUUGCUAAAGCAUUGAUUAAACAAGUUUUAAGUGAUGAUGGUAUAAUUGGAGAUCGUACAAAGAUAUUGGCUACAAAUAACGUACCUGUCUUGCACGAAGCUAAUGAUAUUUAUUUAUUGAGUGGUGGUGCAAUUAUCGAGCAUGGUGAUUUUGAAACCGUUAUGAAGAAUGAUGGUGAAUUAGCCAAGUUGAUAAAUGAAUAUGGAAGAAAGAAAGAUGAUGGAGCUGAAACUCCAACGGAAACCCCAAAACAAGAAGAAGCUCCAAAACAGACUGAACGUGAUAGUGGGUUAGAUACCGAAGAUUUAGUUGAUGAAAUUGUUGGUUACGUUGGUGAAGAAAAUAGAGGUGCUGUCGAACAAGCUGUUUUACGUAGAGCUUCAGUCGUCUCAUACGGACAUCAAUAUGAUGAUGAUGAGGAAGAUGAUGGUAAAGUUAGAAAAACAAGACAUGAAGAAGAAUCAAGUAGAAAAGGUACUGUUCCAUGGGAUAUUUUCAAACAAUAUAUCACUGCUUGUGAUUAUAAAUGGUUUUCAUUAUAUGUUAUUGGAUCAUUAUUGACUUUAUUAGUUACAGUUGCUGAAAAGAGAUUAUUGAGUUAUUGGUCAGAAAUUAAUAGAGAAACUAAUCAAACUAAUAAUCCAAGUUUUUAUUUAGGUCUUUAUGCAUUCAUGGGUGUUGUUUCAGGUUUAUUAACUUAUUUAUCUGCGUUGAUUAUUUGGGGUUACUGUAUUGUUAAAGGUGCAGCUUUCUUCCAUAAUAAAAUGGCACAAUCUGUAUUAAGAUCACCAAUGUCAUUCUUCGAUACAACUCCAGUUGGUAGAGUUUUAAAUAGAUUUACUGAAGAUAUUGGUAAGAUUGAUAUGCAAUUACCUUGGAUGUUGAUUGGAUUUGUAACAUCUGUUUUAAAUGCUUUAGUUACAUUUGGAGUUAUAUUAUCCGCUUUACCUGCAAUGUUUUUCAUUUUAUUUGUUUUAUUAUUUGUUUACAAUUACUUCAGAAUUAAAUUUGUUCCAACAACUAGAGAAUUGAAAAGAUUAGAGUCAAUUGCCAAAUCACCAGUUUUAGCAAUUAUUCAAGAAUCGAUCAAUGGUGUUGAUACAAUUAAAGCAUUUAAUCAAAGAGAAAGAUUUGUUUAUAAAUCUAAAAAAUUCAUUAAUGAAAAAACAUUAAUUGGUGUUGUUAUUCAAAAUUCAAAUAGAUGGUUAUCAAUGAGAUUACAAACUAUUUCAUCAACAAUUAUGUUUUGUACUGCAUUAUUAGCUGUUGUUACUUUAGGUGGUUCACAUCCUAUAUUACCUUCUAUUUUAGGUUUUGUAAUGACUUAUUCAUUGACAAUUACAUAUAUUUUAAAUUCAAUAGUUAGAUAUUGGGCUGAAUUACAAUCAAAUGGUGUUGCAUUAGAAAGAAUAAUUGAAUAUUGUGAUUUACCAAGUGAAGCACCAAUGGAAAUUGAAGAUAGGAAGCCACAAGAUUCUUGGCCAGCUCAAGGUAUAGUCAAAUUUAAAAAUUAUUCAACUGCUUAUAGAGCUAAUUUAGAUCCAGUAUUACGUGAAAUUGAGUUAACUAUACAAUCAAAAGAAAAAAUUGGUAUUGUUGGUAGAACAGGUGCUGGUAAAUCAUCAUUGACAUUAGCAUUAUUUAGAAUUAUUGAAGCUACUGGUGGUAAUAUUGAAAUUGAUUCUAUUAAUAUUGGAGAAAUUGGUUUAUAUGACUUAAGACAUCAUUUGACAAUUAUUCCACAAGAAGCUCACACUUUUAGAGCAUCAGUUAGAGAGAAUCUUGAUCCAUUUGGUGAAUAUGAUGAUGAAAAAUUAUGGAAAGCUUUAGAAUUAGCUCAUUUGAAAGAGCAUAUAGGUAAAAUGGAAACAGAACCAACCGAGGAAGAAAAGAAAGAUAGUAAAAAUCCAGAUGAGCUUCCGAAAAAGAGAGGAUUAGAUGCUCAAAUUGAAGAAGGUGGUUCUAAUUUGUCAGCCGGUCAAAAACAAUUAUUAUGUUUAGCAAGAGCUUUAUUGAAUGAAACAAGUAAAAUAUUGGUAUUAGAUGAAGCUACAGCUGCUGUUGAUUUCCAAACUGAUAAGAUUAUACAAGAGACUAUUAGAAAUGAGUUUAAAGAUAAGACAAUCUUGACUAUUGCACAUCGUAUUGAUACCAUUAUGGAUAGUGAUAAAAUAUUAGUUUUAGAUAAAGGUAAAGUUGCUGAAUUUGAUACUCCACAGAAUUUAUUAAAAGAUAAAUCGAGUAUAUUUUACUCACUUUCUAAAGAAGGUGGUUAUAUAAAGUAA